GCGUCCCUCGGAGCCGCGCGGCAGCUGCAGAGGUGAUCUGAAGCAUGGAGAAGAUACCUGUCCUGGGCCUGGGCACCUGGAAGGCGGCCCCAUGGGAAGUGACGGAGGCGGUCAAAGUGGCGAUAGACGCGGGCUUGUACCACAACGAGAAUGUGGUUGGAGUGGGGAUCCAGUGCAAGGUCAAGGAGGGCAUGGUGAGGCGGAAGGACCUGUUUAUUGUCAGCAAGCUUAUUCUAGAUGUUCAGGAGACAUCUGUGAACAAAACAAACUCGGACCAAAAUCCCUGCCUUCGUGGAGCUUACAUCCUAGUGGCAACAGACAGACAACAGGAGAAAAUACAACAUAUAAGACGUCAGAUCGAGUGCCACCUAUACCUGACUCAGAAGAACCUGAUCAGUUUUUGCCAAUGGAGAAAUGUGUCCAUGACUGCUUACCGGCCCCUCGGGGGCUCCAGCAGGGGAGUGCACCUGAUGGAAGACCCUGUGAUCCAGAUGAUCUCUCAGAAGCACAAGAAGUCUGCAGCUCAGAUUUUGAUCCGAUUUCAGAUCCAGAGGAAUGUGAUAGUGAUUCCCAAAUCCGUCAACCCAAAGCGGAUUCUUGAGAAUUUCCAGGUGUUUGAUUUUGAAUUAUCAGAACAGGAUAUGACUGACCUCCUCCACCCAGACAGGAAUCUCCAUUUGUCUACAUUCCCCAUGUAAAUACGGCUGCUUUAUCUCCUUCGCAAGUACAGAGAGCGAUGUCUGGAUUUCAUGAUUGCGUCCUGCAUAGGCGUUUAUUAUGUACAUGUGGAGUUAAUUAAGCUUUCUCAUAAUUCUCUCCUGUCUGAGGAUGGGCCACUUUGGAGGUGAAUCAUAAGACUAAUUCAGUACAC